GUUUUUUCCAUUUACAUCAUAUAGAGGAAGAAUCUUUCCAAUCUACAUUCUCUUAGGAAUUCCUCGUGGGACCCAGGAUCGAGUCACCAUUGUCAUCUGAAGCUAGUUUGAAAACUCAAAUAUUCUUUGGAAUUAAAGGGGACUGAAGCGAAAAUUAAUUUAUUUUCACCUCAGUUCUCUCUAAUCCUAAAAGCGAUUUGAGGUUUUCCAAAGUAGUCCGUACUGGGUGGCAUUGUCCUAUGUUUCCAUUGCUUGUGCAGUUGUGCCACGUCGCUCUGUCCUCCGCGGCACACCAUAAAAACCAGACCCCGCAAUGCUCCCAUCUCCAGUCCAGGUCUCUAGUCUCCACUCCGCUGUCGCUCCGGCCCAGCAGCUCGACCACCACCGCUCCGCAGGCAGGAAGCCGCCAAGGACAUGGACGACGCUCAGGAGCCUCCCUCCCCUCCCUCCCCCUCGCAGUCAUCCUCCUCCUCUUCCUCGUCGUCCUCCGUGGCCCCGAACCCGAAGAAGCGGGCGCGCAAGGACGGCAGCCGGCACCCGACGUACCGCGGCGUGCGCAUGCGGAGCUGGGGCAAGUGGGUGUCGGAGAUCAGGGAGCCCCGCAAGAAGUCUCGCAUCUGGCUGGGCACCUUCGCCACCGCGGAGAUGGCGGCGCGCGCGCACGACGUGGCCGCGCUCGCCAUCAAGGGCGCGCGCGACGCGCACCUCAACUUCCCGGGCCUCGCGCACCUGCUCCCGCGCCCGGCCACCGCGGCGCCCAAGGACGUGCAGGCCGCGGCCGCGCUCGCCGCGGCCGCCGACUUCCCUCUGCCGCCGUCCCCCGGCGGCGCCAAUGCCAAGAGCCCCGAGAGCAGCAGCUCCGGCUCCGCCUCCGCCUCCGCCUCCGACGACGCCAGCGCCGCCUCGCCGGCGGCGCCGCAGGACGCCGAGCCCAACCCGGACGACGCGCUGUUCGACCUCCCGGACCUGCUUCUGGACCUGAGAUGCUGCGGGCCGUCGUCGUGGGCCGUCGACGACGACGUGGCCGGCGGCGGCGCGUUCCGGAUCAUCGAGGAGCCGCUGCUGUGGGAGUACUGAACUGAUCAAUGCCACCGCGCCAGUCCUGUCCUUGAGCGGUUGGCAGUGAUCAGCGAGUUCAUGCAUCGGUAGCUGUUGAGUGUUAGGGGGUGUUUGGCUUUAGAGACUAAUUUUUAGUUUAUCCAAUUUAUUCCACUUUAGUCACUAAAUUGUUAAAUAUGGAAACUAAAAUAGAGUUAUAGUUUCCAUAUUUUGCAAUUUAUAGACUAAAGUGGAAUAAAAUGGAGGGACUAAAAAUUAGUCCCUAGUAACCAAACACUACCUUAGAUCGACCGGACGGACACAUGUAAAUGCAGCUACUUCCGCUCCUCUGUUUCGUGCUCUGGAUUACUCUGCUGUUUCUUCUCUUUAUGCCAGAUUUAGGUGCCGCGCUUGUAUAAAGUUAGUUCCUUUUUUUCCCUCCUUCUCUUGCUUGAUUUGGAAGACAAGAAUAUGUAUAACCAUAAGAAGCAUCUUAUCUUGUGUCA